AUGUCAGCUGUCAAUGACACCAAAUACAACUCUGCAGUGUUCCUUCUCACCGGGAUACCUGGGCGGGAAGACGUCCAUAACUGGAUCUCUGUCCCCUUCUGCUUAAUGUAUUUUAUUUCUAUAGUAGGAAAUUCAUUCAUUCUAUUCAUUAUAAAAACAGAUCCAAGCCUCCAUGAGCCCAUGUACAUUUUCCUUUCCAUGUUGGCCACCACAGACCUUGGCAUAUCGAUAGUCACAAUACCUACAACACUGGGCAUAUUCUGGUUUAAUUCUAGGGAGAUCAGCCUUGAUGCCUGUUUAGCCCAGCUGUUCUUCAUCCACUCACUUCAAUGCAUUGAAUCCUCCAUGCUCUUGUUGAUGGCCUUUGACCGUUUUGUUGCAAUCCAUGACCCGCUGAGAUAUGUCUCUAUCUUAACCCUGCCGAGAAUAGCCAAGAUGGGAUUGGUGUUUGUGCUAAGAGGGGUGGCCAUAAUUAUCCCACUCCCUCUUCUCCUGAAACGGUUCAGAUACUGUCGAGCCAAUGUCCUGUCCCAUUCCUACUGUGUGCACCAGGACGUCAUGAAGAUGGCUUGUUCGGAUAUCUCAAUCAACAGCAUCUAUGGCUUGUUUACUACACUCUUAACAGUGGGGUUGGACUCACUGGUCAUAUUCUUCUCUUAUGUGAUGAUCCUCAAAACAGUGCUGAGCGUCGCAUCCACUGCAGAGUGCCUCAGGGCCCUGAACACCUGCGUCUCCCACCUCUGUGCUGUCCUGCUCUUCUACACACCAAUGAUCGGCCUGUCUGUGAUACACAGAUUCGGGAAGGGCUCUUCUCCCUUGCUUCAGAUUCUCUUGGGCUACAUCUACCUGCUGGUUCCACCCCUGAUGAACCCAGUUGUGUACAGCGUGAAAAGCAAACACCUUCGUGCGAGAAUAAUCAGAUUGUUCAUCAAGUGA